AUGAAGACGAAACUGACUUCUGUGACGUACCUGGGCUUCACUGCAAUGGACAGGCGUUUCUCCAACGCCAUGUUACCCUGGCUUUUGAGAGAGAUUAGAGCUACCGGCGUCAGAGAUAAGCUCAGCAUAGCCGUGGAAGAUGGGUGUCUCAAGGCCUAUAACGGGAAUUUUGAGCCCGUCAUUGUCCACAGACUGGUCGAUAUCAUUAGGGCCAGCCAAGUUCCCGGUAAACCUGAGGAGCUGUUCUAUAUUCUCCUUAAUGAGAAGGAAGGUCUUCUCAACUGUUUCCUCUUCCGAGCUGCCACGGUGCAAGAGGUAAGUCUUGUUUUAAAAUGGCAGUAG